GACCUGCUGUAUCAACACGACUUACAUCUACUACGACCUUCUUUCUAUGUGCGCGUCCACCCUCUCUGUCCCUCGGCCCGCCGCCUCCGCGGCUUUUUUCAGCGCGUCCAGAAUCCACCCGGUCUCCGCUCCGGGCGGCGCCGUAACCGGGAACCAAUCCCCCGCGAGGUGUCUCAGCUCGGGCGGCAAAUUUUUCUCCCACAUCUUGUGCGGCGGCGGCCCGGUCAACACGACCUCGUUCCAGAUCCCGUGCGCACCCGAGCGCCACACCGAGGCCUGCCCGCCGCCGCACGUCACCGCCGCGAGCUCGGCGGCUUUCACGGCGGCUUCGAAAUCCGCGCCUUUCCCUCGUCCCGUGCUCAAGUUGGCGACGACUCGACCGCCCGGGGACAGCACGUUGGCGAUAUCUUCCCACGCCUCUCUCUCCGUGAGCCUCGUGAGCACCCUACUCUUCUCGUCGAACAGAUCCACGACGAGGCCCGCCAUCGUGUUGUCCUUCUCCCGCGCCGCGGCUUUCCUCACUUCCUCGAACGCGUCCCCGAUGCGAAUCGUGACCGCGCCUAAAAUCUCGAGCUUUUCUAAACCGAAGUACUUCCUCGCGAGGUAUAUGAUCGGGCCGUUGAGCUCCCACCCGAUGAGAUGCCUGAGAAACUUCCCUCGCGGGUACAAACGCGUGAAUUCGCGCGCGGUCCUUGUGCGUUUCGGAGUACUUCAGCACCUGCAGCGUCCCGAACUCGCUCGCCGCUUCCUCGAGGAGCGUCACCCCGGGCCCGACCGACACCGGCCCGUUCGACGCCGACGCGAAGUCCGGGGCGAGUCCCCGCGAGAGGUCGCUCGCUGA